CCUCUGCUCGCUCCAGCUGCCUGGCAGUCCCCACCUAGGGCAAGCUGCCCACGCCGUUACCUGGUCCAACUCCCCGGGAGGCUCCGCGGGUCGCCUCCGCUCUGCAGCUGCGCCUCUGAGCUGUCCAGCAGGCUCAGGCUGUGACUCCAUCCUCCAAGUACCAUGAGGGGCCUUCUUUGCUGGUCACUGUCUGUGCUGCUGCUCUUUCUCCAGCCCUGGGAAACUCAGCUCCAGUCCACAGGUCCUAGGUGCGACACUGGGCCUCUGGAUUUGGUGUUUGUGAUUGACAGCUCCCGAAGCGUGCGCCCCUUCGAGUUCGAGACCAUGCGGCAGUUCCUAGUGGGUCUCCUCCGGAGCCUGGACGUGGGACCCAACGCCACGCGCGUCGGCGUGAUCCAGUAUUCUAGUCAAGUGCAGAGUGUGUUUCCGCUUGGCGCCUUCUCGCGCCGCGAGGACAUGGAGCGCGCGGUCCGCGCCUUGGUGCCGCUAGCGCAGGGCACCAUGACCGGGCUGGCCAUCCAGUACGCCAUGAACGUGGCCUUCAGCGAGGCCGAGGGCGCACGCCCGCGGGAGGAGCGCGUGCCGCGGGUCCUCGUCAUCGUAACCGACGGGCGACCUCAGGACCGGGUGGCCGAAGUGGCGGCGCAGGCGCGGGCCCGCGGCAUUGAGAUUUACGCGGUGGGGGUGCAGCGAGCGGACGUGGGCUCUCUGCGCGCCAUGGCCUCGCCGCCGCUGGACCAGCACGUCUUCCUGGUUGAGUCCUUCGACCUCAUCCAGGAGUUUGGCUUGCAGUUCCAGGGCUGGCUGUGCGGAAAGGACCUGUGUGCUGAAUGGGGACAUGGCUGCCAACACCAUUGUGUCAACGCUCCAGGAACCUUCUACUGCACCUGUAACUCUGGGUACAAGCUAGCUGCAGAUAACAGGAACUGUUUGGCCAUUGACCCGUGUGCGGAAGGAACCCAUGGCUGUGAGCACCACUGUGUCAAUUCCCCAGACUCCUAUUUCUGCCGCUGUCGACCUGGCUUUGCACUCCAGCAGGACCAGAGGAGCUGCAGGGCCAUUGACUACUGCAGCUUUGGAAACCACAGCUGCCAGCACGAGUGUGUGAGCACCCUCCUGGGGCCACAGUGCCACUGCAGAGAGGGCCACGACCUGCUGCCUGAUGGGAGGAGCUGUCAGGUCAGGGACCUUUGCAAUGGUGUGGACCAUGGCUGUGAGUUCCAGUGUGUAAGUGAGGGCCUCUCCUACCGCUGCCUGUGCCCUGAGGGGAGGCAACUUCGGGCAGAUGGCAAGAGCUGUGACCGGUGCCGGGAAGGCCAUGUGGAUCUGGUUCUGCUCGUGGAUGGCUCCAAAAGUGUGCGCCCACAGAACUUUGAGCUGGUGAAGCGCUUCGUGAACCAGAUCGUGGACUUCCUAGAUGUGUCCCCUGAAGGCACACGCAUAGGGCUAGUGCAAUUCUCAAGUCGGGUACGCACAGAGUUCCCGCUGGGUCGUUAUGGCACGGCAGCAGAGGUGAAACAGGCCGUCCUGGCUGUGGAGUACAUGGAACGUGGCACUAUGACAGGACUGGCACUGCGCCACAUGGUGGAGCACAGCUUCUCCGAGGCGCAGGGCGCACGGCCUCGUGACCUCAAUGUGCCUCGCGUUGGCCUGGUGUUCACCGACGGCCGCUCUCAGGAUGACAUUUCGCUGUGGGCAGCUCGCGCCAAGGAGGAAGGCAUCGUCAUGUACGCUGUGGGCGUGGGCAAGGCGGUGGAGGAGGAGCUGCGCCAGAUCGCCUCUGAACCAGCAGAGCUGCACGUGUCCUACUCUCCGGACUUCAGCACCAUGACGCACCUGCUAGAGAAUCUCAAGGGCAGCAUCUGCCCAGAAGAGGGCAUCAGUGCGGGGACAGAGCUUAGGAGCCCCUGCGAAUGCGAGAGCCUCGUGGAGUUUCAGGGCCGCACGCUGGAGGCACUGGAGAGUUUGACGCAGAACCUGGCCCAGCUGACAGAGCGCCUGGAGGAUCUGGAGAACCAGCUGGCUAACCACAAGUGAGGGCCGCUGGGGACGUGGCCCUCGAAUGAUAUCCGAGCACCAGCGCGGGGCAGAGCCCGAACAUCUCACAGCUUGGAUGUCCUGGAGGAGGAGCUGGCGGGUUCCCAGCGCUGCCUGGGACAGCUCGCCUGGACCAAAAGCCAGACUUCGCGGGGGCGAGGGAGAGGUGGUGAUGGGGAAGGCGGUGCUGGACUGGCGCGCCCUCGCCUGGUGCUGCGCUUAGUUCUUUGUCGGAUUUCUUUUUUUGUUUUCCUUUUCUAAAAAAAAAAAACAAAACCGUUUUCCACGGGA